GCGGCCAGUCGCCGCAGUCACUCACCUGAGCGUCUCGCUCUGAACGCACACGGCUCGUGCGUCUUCCGCCUGCCAGCCCUCCAGCUAGCCAGAUCGUCCGGACCGCGACCCAUGUCCCGCCGUAAGGUCGGCUGCACGCCCCGCCGAGUAGACCCCGCGCCCGCCGUCAGCUCAGACGACGAGACGGAGAUGCCGGACCUGGUUAUCGACUUGAAGCCCGAGCCAAAUCCGUGGCCCCUACAGGCCCCGGGGCUGCAGCCUUAUUCUUCAAAGGAAGUGCCCGCGCCUGGAACGUUCGAGGGCGAACCCCGCUACUCCUCCGACCUGGGGGUGCCCGCCGGCGGUCCCCUCCACGCCCUUGGCUCGCCGAACGAAUGGGCGCCGUGUACUCCGCCGUUCCCGAAUCCCCCCGACCGCCAGCCCUGGACCGACAAACACCCUGAUAUGUUGACCUGCGGCCGCUGCCUGCAGACCUUCCCGCUGAAGGCCAUCACUACUUUCAUGGACCACAAGCAGCUGGGUUGUCAGGUCUAUGGAGGCCCCAGCCCUGGCCCGGGCUCAGAACUUGAGAACCUGAAGGCCUUGAUUUGCCUCCGUUGUGGCCGACAAUUCACUAAAGCCUGGAAACUGCUGCGUCACGCCCAGUGGGACCAUGGACUGUCCAUCUACCAAACGGAACCCGAGGCCCCAGAGACCCCGCUGCUGGGCCUGGCAGAGGUGGCCGCAGCCAUGUCAGCAGUGCUGGGGCCAGAAGUAGACGCCAAGGGCUCCCGGGUGAGUAGCCUCCCCCGGCGGAGCCCCACCUGCCCUGUGUGCAUGAAGACCCUUAGCUCCUUCAGCAACCUAAAGGUGCACAUGCGCUCACACACGGGUGAGCGGCCCUAUGCCUGCGACCAGUGUCCCUAUGCCUGUGCCCAGAGCAGCAAGCUCAACCGCCACAAGAAGACCCACCAGCAGCUGCAGCCUCAGAGCCCCUACAUGGCCAAUGCCAGUCAGGAACAGGCCUCAGCCGCCCCUCCAGAGCCAGCUGCCCAUGCCGCUGCCCCUCCAGAGCCAGCUGCCCAUGCCGCUGCCCCAGCCAGCGCCCUUCCCUGCAGCCGCGCAGGGGCUGGAGCCGGAGCCGCCGCCACCGCAGGUGUGCAGGAACCUGGGGCUCCAGGUGGAGGAGCUCAGGCUGGCCCUGGUGGGGACGGCUGGGGAGUAGCCAUCAAGGAAGAGAGAGUUGACUCCGCCCAGAGCCCAGAGAAGUUACCCAAGAACCCAAAGCCAGUGGGCAAGAGCCAUGGGCCUGGGGGCAGCUGUGAGUUCUGCGGGAAGCGUUUCACCAAUAGUAGCAACCUGACGGUGCACAGGCGCUCACACACCGGGGAGCGGCCCUACACCUGCGAGUUCUGCCCCUACGCCUGUGCCCAGAGCAGCAAGCUCAACCGCCACCGCCGCAUGCACGGCCUGGAGCCUGGCAGUGCCCGAUUUGAGUGCCCCCACUGCCGUGUGCCUUUCGGCCUGCGAGCCACCCUGGACAAACACCUGCGGCAGAAGCACCCCAAGGCAGGCGGGGAGGCCUGAGUGGCAGGAAUGCCCUCCCUUCCUGCUGUCCCUGGUACCACUGCUGUCUGUUGAUCUUGUCCUGCAGUGAAUAAACCCUCCC